GCCAACGUAUACGUUGUCAAUUCAUGAUGACGACACUCAGGCCUUUCACGUGUAACGAUCUGUUUAAAUUCAAUAAUGUAAACUUGGAUCCCCUUACAGAGACAUAUGGAUUGUCUUUUUACACUCAUUACCUGGCCCACUGGCCAGAAUAUUUUCAAGUGGCAGAAUCACCAAGCGGAGAAAUUAUGGGUUACAUUAUGGGAAAGGCAGAAGGAUACAGGGAGAAUUGGCACGGUCACAUAACUGCUCUCACAGUCUCUCCUAGUUAUAGAAGAUUAGGUCUGGCUGCAAUGCUUAUUAAAUCUUUAGAAGAGGUCUCGGAAAAGAAACAAGCAUAUUUUGUGGAUCUUUUUGUCAGAGUUAGUAAUAAAGUGGCAAUCAAAAUGUAUCAAGAGUUGGGAUACAUUGUGUAUAGGACUGUUCUAGAAUAUUACAAUGGAAAUCCGGAUGAAGAUGCUUUUGAUAUGAGGAAGGCACUUUCAAGGGAUGUGAAGAAAAAAUCAGUCAUACCGUUGACUCAUCCAGUGAAACCAGAAGAAAUAGACUGAAUGUAUGUCUAAAUAUAUAUUUAAAAAAUCGACGUGAAAUA